AUGUGCAGAAAGCAGAGCACCCACCAAAUAAAAGGGCCUAACACAUAUUUUGGUGUUGAUGCAUCAAGGGUGUAUGUGAAAGGAGGUACCAGGAAGGAAGAGCAACCACUUGAAGUAGAGGUGUACAAUCAGGGCAUGUUCAAGGUGGAGCUAUGCAACAAAUGCAAAGAAACAGGGGCACAUCCAUAUGGAGAAGCCUGCCACCAAUUUUCUCAUGGCAUUGAGGAUCUUCUUCCUGUCAUUCGCCACCCGCUCUACAAGACAGAGGUAUGCCGCAUAGUCCUCAAUGGUGAUCCCUGUUCUUCCGGCUAUCAUUGCCACUUCUGCCACACAUCCACUGACCAGGAGAAAGUCAUGAGAUCACUCAACAGUACUACCAGGUCUCUGUCUCUCCAGCGGUCAAUCCUUCAUUUGACAAACACUUCAAAAUGA